UAGAGGAAGCUUGAUUGACUGGUCAGAGGCGUUGACUACUUGAGAUUCAACCAGGCCGUACAGUCCCCUGUACGUACUAUAAUUGACUCAUCCUCUUGCUUUUUUAGAUAUCUGAUUGCACUUAAGUGUUUUUUUGCACAUUCACCCAACCCUGCGAGGCCUUCCGGUGUACGCCUGACGUGUUGAGGCCAGACGGGGAUACUGCCCCCUGAAAGAGAAGAGGCGUGUCAACCAGGACAGCCCACAAAAUCCAGAGCCUUUAGGAACUCCAGGCGAAUCUCAUCCACCCCCGGGGCCUUGCCACCGAGAAGCUGCAUUCCGCUUGGCCAGCCGAUACCCAUCAGCUGUCUCAGGAGUCCCACAGGCAGAAAAGGCCCGACAGGACUCCUUCAGCUUGACUGGUAGUGGUAGCAGCUGUAGUACGACAACAGACAGUCAAUUGACAGAGAAUACUUUUGAGACAUAAACAAAUAAAAAUACAGUCACUGAGCAAUAAAAGGUUCCCAGUAAUGUGGUAAUGCCGAUAGCUUUUUUGACAAUUGUGCAAAUGAUGCAGAGUCCUCUAGCAAUUUAGAGCAGUUUGAAAUGACUAAUUGAACAAUAGUCUGGUACCUUGACCAUUGUGCAAAUGGCACAGAGACUUCAAGAAAUGUAUGCAGUUUAAAGUGACUAGUAGUGCGAUAAUCUUGAACUGUGUCAAUUGUGCAAAUGGUGCAGAUACUUCUCAAUCACAUGAGUGGCCAGUAUUGGUUAACAACAGAUAUGCAAGGAGUGCAGAGUGGCGAGAGUACUACAGUGAGUGCACGAAUAAUGUAAAAUUUGUCCCGACAGAGAUGUGACAAAUAUCUCAAGACAAAAUUGGUAACAUGUUACAAUGGAAUUGUAAGUUAACUGUUUAAGAAGUUAACGGCAAGAGGGAAGAAGCUGUUGGAAUGUCUGCUACUUCUAGUUUGCAUUGUUCCAUAGUGCCUACCUGUGGAGAAGAGCUCGAAGAGGUGGUGACCAGGAUGUGGAGGGUCCAAGAGGAUUUUGCAUGCUCUUGUCUUAGUUCUGACAGUGUGCAAGUCCUCAACAGGUAGAUAGGGGGGGUACCGACAAUUUUUUGAGCAGUUUUGAUUGUCCGUUGCAGUCCGAGUUUGUCCUUUUUCUGUGGCAUCACCAAACCAGACUGUGAUGGAUGAACACAGGACUGAUUCGACUCCUGUGGCAGGCUGUGCUUCCUCAGAAGCCGCAGGAAGUACAUCCUCUGCUGAGCCUUUUUGACGAUGGAGUUGAUCUAGGUCUCCCACUUCUGGUCCUGAGAGUAAUUCUCAGGAACUUGAAGGUCCCAAUGGUUGACACAGGGCAGUUGGACACUGUGAAGGGCAGCUGUGGCGAAUGAUGCCUCUUGAAGUCCACGAUCAUCUCUACAGUCUUCAGCAUGUUCAGCUCCAGGUUGUGUCGGCCGCACCGCAGCUCCAGCCACUCCACUUCCUGUUGAUACGCUGACUCGUCAUCGUCUUUGAUGAGGUCGAUGACUGUGGUGUCGUCUGCAAAUUUCAGGAGUUUGACAGCUGGGUGCGUUGAGGUGCAGUCGUUCGUGUAACGAGAGAAGAGCAGCGGAGAGAGGACACAUCCUUGGGGCACCCCAGUGAUGGUGGUGUGUGUAGAUGAGGCUUAAGCGACUGGAUUGGAAGUGCAUCUCAUAUUGCGAUGGCUGAGCCCAACUUCCCGCCACUGCCCGGCUUCAUUCCGCUCAAGCCUUGCUUCUACCAGGACUUUGAUGAGAUCCCCGAGCAGCACCGCAGCUUGUGCAAGAAAAUGUAUCACCUGUGGAUGUUAAACGGCGUCACGCUGGCAGUCAAUCUCGUGGGCUGCUUCGCGUGGAUGUUCGGAGGAGGGGGCGUGACCAAUUUUGGCCUGUCAAUCAUAUGGCUGCUGAUGUUCACGCCCUGCUCGUAUGUGUGCUGGUUCCGGCCCAUUUACAAGGCUUUCAGGAGUGACAGUUCGUUCAACUACAUGCUGUUCUUCUUCGUGUUCAUGGCUCAAGUGGGUAUCAGCAUCAUUCAAAGCAUCGGCAUCCCAGGAUGGGGAGUGUGCGGCUGGUUGGCCACUAUCUCCUUCUUCAGUUACAAUAUAUUGAUAGCUCUGAUUAUGUUGGUGCCUACUGUCAUGUUCACCGCCGUGGCCUCGUUGUCCUUCAUCGCCCUCACUAAGAUCCACAACUUCUACCGUGGGAGCGGGGGCAGCAUGACCAAAGCGCAGGAGGAGUGGACCACGGGGGCCUGGAAGAACCCUCAUGUCCAACAGGCCGCCCAGCAGGCCGCCAUCGGGGCGGCCAGCGGCGCCAUGCAGGAUCAGUACUCGGCCCCACAGUACAACGACAACCAGAUGUAAGACACAGGUGACGCAUUAGUCACACUACCAUCGGGGCCAAAGUUUGAAGAGUAGCCUCAUCCAUCAGCUCGCUCAAGUUUUAACUGAAUGAUUCAGAGUUUUCAAGCCACCUCAUCAUUUGGCAAACAAAUAAAAACCCUUUUUUCCAACUUUUAUAUCUUUUCACAUGAUUUAAAGUGAAUCCCUACAUAUUCCCGGUUUGGCAUUCGCGAAUUUGCCCACUGACAGAUUUCUUAUUUGGGACAUACUCUCCAUUAUUAGCUGAAAAACUCACCUAUUGGCUGCUUUUGUGCUUAGGCCAAAGCAUUUAGCGCCAUCUGGUGCCAUCUUUGGGCCAAAACUGUUUAAGUGAGUUGAGGAGCUUCAUGUAGAAAAAAGUAGUCUUUCUGAUUUUCACUGUUCACGGCAGGGCUCGGUCCCUAACACCUGAAAAUAGCGGGGUUCACUGUAAUUGCUGACAACUGCUUGUGCUGUUAGCACAUCUGCCUCACAGCUCUGAGGACUGGGGUUCAAUCCCCGGCCCCGCCUGUGUGGAGUUUGCAUGUUUUCCCCGUGCCUGCAUGGGUUUUCGCCGGGCACUCCGGUUUCCUCCCACAUCCCAAAAACUUGCAUGGUAGUUUAAUUGACAACUCUAAAUUGCCCGUAGGUGUGAAUGUGAGUUCGAAUGGUUGUUUGUUUCUAUGUGCCCUGCGAUUGGCUGGCAAGCAGUUCAGGGUGGACCCCGCCUCCUGCCCGAUGAUAGCUGUGAUAGGGUCCAGCAUACCUGCGACCUUAGUGAGGAUACGCGGUACGGAAAAUUAAUGAAUGUCAAAACUAUAAUAAAAUGUUUUGCAUUUUUGAUUGAAAAGCUGAAAAUAAAUCUAAAAGUUGUAUUUUUAAGAGGAUAGCUGCAAAAGCAAAAGCCAUAAAUUUAUAGGAAUGAAGUUACAAUAUAGCUAGAACAAACUUGUAAUAUUUGUACACAAAAAUAUUUUUUUUAGAACAAGAAAAAAACAGUUACGAGAGAAAAAAGUAAUAUUUUUUUUACAAGAAUAGUCAUUUAACAUAAAGAUUUCUCAAUAAAGUCUAAAUAUUGCAAGGAAAAAAAUAAUACUUGCACGAUAAUAAAGUCUAUCCUUGGAAAAGAUGCUGGAAUUGUUUUCAACGUAUGAGAGUCAUAUUGCAAGAAAAAAGUGGAAGUAUUAUUUUAGUUAUUUAUUAUUUAUUUUUUAAGUAUUAGAGGACAAUACUGUAUUUUAUUUUAAAACAAUGUUGCAGUUACAAGAGAAUAAAGUCCUGCCAGCAAACGUUGCAUUUAGGUUGAUGUGGGAAUUUUCAUACUUCCUCAUUCCAAUUACAAAUUUAUUCUCGUAACCUUAUUAUUUUUUUAAAAUGUUUGAGUGAACUUUAUUCUCAAAACAUUAUUUUUCUGUGUUUUUAUUUAUUUAUAUUUUGGGUAGUCAUUUUCAUUGGUUGUGUUCUUUUCGUUGUGGCUCUAUUUAGUAACUGAACCGUGACCAUCUGCAUUAUUGCAGGUAAUAUUUGUAACUAUUUUAAUUUUAAUCCUAUUUAGUCUAUAUGUAACAUAAACAUUAAUGUAGUUUAUUACGAGACUUUUAAGGUUUUGUUUUUAAAAUUGUCAUUCAAUAUAGUUUGUGAUGUUUUAUAAAACCACGUGUACAGUAUAGCAUAUGACCUGCCUCUUGCUAUGUGCCUGUUUGACCACAGGGAAGCGUUAAGGGUUUUCGUAUGAAAUAUUAAAAAAAAAAAGA